UCUCUCUCUCCCCUCCUCGAGGGAAGAGUGUACCAAUACCCUUUGAAUAAAAGAGCGUCUUUCUAUAAAAUCAAAGAAAAAUAUCGAACCUUUUCUUUCUCCCUGGCCAUUCGAACGUUGUAACUUGUGCUGUGCCCUAACGGAGAGGAGGAAGAAGAUGGGGACUUUGAGUUACUUGUUAAAGACGUUAGGGUUUCUACUACUAUGUUGUGCCGUGGCAGCUGAGGAUCCAUUGAAGUAUGCCAAGUACAAGGACCUGAAGCAGCCCUUGGGAGCUAGGAUUAAGGAUCUGAUGAAACGUAUGACCCUCGAAGAGAAGAUCGGGCAAAUGGUUCAGAUCGAACGCAGUGUCGCAACGCCCGAAGCGAUGAAGAAGUACUUCGUCGGGAGUGUGUUGAGUGGUGGAGGAAGUGUUCCUGCUCCAAAGGCGAGUCCUGAAACUUGGGUGAACAUGGUGAAUGAGAUCCAGAAAGGAGCGCUAUCUACCCGUUUAGGGAUACCGAUGAUUUACGGGAUUGAUGCGGUUCAUGGCCACAACAAUGUGUACAAUGCCACCAUUUUCCCCCACAAUGUAGGACUUGGAGUCACCAGGGACCCUAUGCUUCUCAAGAGGAUUGGGGAAGCAACUGCUCUAGAAGUUAGAGCAACAGGAAUCCCAUAUGCAUUUGCUCCGUGUAUUGCUGUCUGUAGAGAUCCAAGAUGGGGUCGAUGCUACGAGAGUUACAGCGAGGAUUAUAGAAUUGUGCAACAAAUGACCGAAAUCAUCCCCGGUUUGCAAGGUGACCUUCCUGGCAAACGAAAGGGCGUUCCCUUUGUCGAUGGAAAGGCGAAAGUUGCAGCUUGCGCUAAGCACUUUGUCGGAGAUGGAGGUACAGUAAGAGGGAUCGAUGAGAAUAACACGGUGAUUGACGCUAAGGGACUGUUUGGAAUUCACAUGCCAGCUUAUUACAAUGCUGUAAACAAGGGCGUGGCAACUGUUAUGGUGUCUUACUCGGCCUGGAACGGUCUGAGAAUGCAUGCUAAUAAGGAUCUUGUCACGGGUUUCCUCAAGAACAAAUUGAAGUUCCGGGGUUUUGUGAUAUCGGAUUGGCAGGGCUUAGACAGAAUCACCACUCCUCCUCAUGCUAACUAUUCAUACUCUGUUUAUGCUGGUGUCAAUGCCGGAAUUGACAUGAUCAUGGUGCCAUAUAACUACACUGAAUUCAUCGAUGAACUGACCAGUCAGACCAAGAGAAAUCUCAUUCCGAUGAGUAGGAUUGACGAUGCGGUGAAGAGAAUCUUGAGGGUCAAAUUCACUAUGGGACUCUUCGAGAACCCCAUUGCCGAUCUUAGCCUCGCUAACCAGCUCGGAAGCAAGGAACACAGAGAGCUAGCUCGGGAAGCCGUGAGGAAAUCUCUGGUUCUUCUAAAGAACGGGAAAAGUGCUGACAAGCCGUUGCUUCCACUGCCAAAGAAAGCAGGAAAGAUCCUUGUCUCGGGAACUCAUGCCGACAACUUGGGUUAUCAGUGCGGUGGCUGGACAAUCACUUGGCAAGGCCUCAAUGGCAACGAUCUCACUGUUGGUACAACCAUCCUCACUGCAGUGAAGAACACGGUUGCUCCGACAACACAAGUCGUCUACAACCAGAACCCCGACACGAACUUUCUCAAGUCAAACAAGUUUGACUACGCCAUUGUUGUCGUGGGCGAGCCACCUUACGCUGAAAUGUUCGGGGACAGCACGAAUCUGACCAUAACCGAACCUGGUCCGAGCGCCAUAACCAACGUCUGUGGAGCAGUGAAGUGCGUGGUCGUGGUCGUGUCGGGUCGUCCCGUUGUGAUGCAACCCUACGUUUCCGGCGUCGACUCGCUCGUGGCGGCGUGGCUGCCGGGAACUGAAGGACAGGGAGUGGCUGAUGUUCUGUUCGGAGAUUAUGGGUUCACCGGAAAGCUUGCUCGGACAUGGUUCAAGACGGUGGAUCAGCUUCCGAUGAAUGUCGGAGAUCCGCAUUACGACCCGCUGUUUCCGUUCGGAUUCGGGUUGACGACGAAGCCCUCGAAGCAGUACUGAUGAAUCGAGGGAAAAGUUUCGAGAUUUUUGUGAUUGGAAAUUGAAUGUCGAUGUUGAAGAGACAUGGAGGUGUUUUGUUCUUUGUUCUUGAUUGAGCAGAGGAAAGAUUUAGUAUUUGCUAUAAUGAAUCGGCAUGUUGAACGGAUUGAACAAUUA